CUUACGCUCAUUCGUUUUAUAGUAAAACUCUGGUGAAAACGUUGGGCUAGAAUAUUAGGUGGAAGAUGGAAACUGGAAAGAAUAUAGGGUUUACCUUCAAGAAUAUUGUCCUUUAUGCGCAAUUGAGAGUAAAUUUCUCACAAACUUGAAUACCGAAAUCUGCUAUUAUCACUCAAGUUGUCAAGCAUAUCAGAUUAUCAGGUGUUCAUCGUUGUUGUCCACCGAUUCGUAGAGUAGAAAUGUCAACAAGACCUGUCUCAUGCUGGGAAAAGGGACGUCUUAUAGGAAGGGGCACAUUCGGUUUGGUCUACGUGGGCAUCAACAGUGAAACUGGUGAGACGUGUGCGAUGAAGGAAGUUACGUUCUCACAUCAAUUUAGACAAGUAUGUCUUCAGUAUGUUAUGGAAAUCACUCUGCUGAGCCGCUUAAGACAUCCAAAUAUUGUGCACUACCGUGAUUCUGAGAUAGUUAACAACAAUCUGUACAUAUGUUUAGAAUAUGUCUCUGGUGGUUCUAUUUGUAAAAUUCUCCGGGAGAACGGUGAGCUUGGCGAAUCAGCUAUCCGUAGCUAUACACAGCAAAUAUUGUCAGGACUUGCAUAUUUGCACUCUGAAAACACUGCUCACAGUGACAUUAGAGGAGCCAAUAUACUUGUGGACCCAAGUGGGCAGGUUAAACUGGCGGAUUUUGGCAUAGCGAAGCAUAUCCGUGGGCAGUUACAUCCAAUCUCUUUCAGAGGAAAUGCAUACUGGAUGGCACCUGAGGUAAUUAGAGACUCAAACGGGUGUAACCUUGCUGCUGAUAUAUGGAGUCUAGGGUGUACUGUAAUAGAGAUGGCAACUACACAGCCUCCGUGGAGUCAAUAUGAACAGGUUGCAGCUGUCUUCAAAAUUGCGACCAGCAACGAACUUCCUGUAGUCCCUGAUAAUCUCUCAGAGGAAGGAAAGGACUUUGUUCAGCAAUGUUUGCAGCGAAACCCUCAAGAUCGCCCUACUGCUAUUCAGCUGUUGGGACAUCCUUUUCUCAGAAAUGCAGCUUCUUCAUCUUCUGAAAGUUUCUUGAUAAAUUUAGAUCCACACUAAUUUGGAAUAACUUUGGCAUAUUUAUUUGAUAAUGUCAGAUUAAUACUUCCUUUUUGUCCUACCAAGUUAUUGAAGAUGAUUUAAUGAGAAAUGAAACGACAGAGUACUUCAUAUUA